AUGUUUAGAAUCGGUAUUGUAUUAUUCUACCUGGUGAUUGUUGGAAAUCGUUUUGGAUCUUUAACUCAGGCCCCGGAAGAUAAUACAUUAAAGAUCCAAUUGGAUUCCCUCAGAGAAGCAAUCAGCGGUGUUCAAGAGCAGCUUUCUUCUAUUCACGGAAACCUUAAAGACAUUAAAACAUCCCUCAAGCCGCGUUUUGAACGGAUCGCCGGAAGAUACUUCUUCUUCGAGCACACCCAGAAAAAAACUUGGACUGAUGCCAUAGCCGCAUGUCGUUCUGAAGGAGGUUAUCUGGCAUCUUUUAAAGGCGAUUGGGAGUUCAGUGCCGUCAGUUGGCGACUCCAAAAAGAUACUCACUACUGGACGGGCAUCAAUCAGCGAGCGGAAAAACGACACUACGUUUCCGUAACCUCUGGAAAUUCGGUUAACUAUAUGAGGUUCAAAGAUUUGGCAUGGGAAAAAGGGGACUGCUUUACCAUGUUUAACGGAUUUUUGUACUUUGAAGAUUGUAAUGAAAAGCAUAACUACAUUUGUCAGGGUGACAAUAGAACAUAA